AUGUCUUAUAUACAUAUCAAUCAUGAAGUUGUUGGAAUAUACUCUCCAUUAUUAUUAAAUGUUAUUAAAGCACAACUUAAUAAUGAUGAAGUUGGACUUCUUUUAAGUCCUCCUUGUAAACUUGAUUUACCAAUUGAAGAGUUGAUUUCACCUGGAAACAACAAAGAAAACCUUCCAACCAAGUCUCAGAACGCUUUUAUAUUGUAUCGAAACAAUAAUAGAAAAUCUCCUGCUAUAGCUAAAGUUGCUUGGGAUGAAGAAUUGGAUAAAGUAAAGCCAUACUUUAAAAUAUUAGAGAAACUGGCUGCUACAAAAUUUAAUUUAAUUAAUUGUGUAAUUCCAUCACAAUCAUUACUACCUUAUCAGUUUUCUUCUCCUUGCACGAGCAAUGAUACAAAUCCAUCGUCUUCCACUUGUUCCAAUUUAUCCACUUCUUUAUCUCCACAUUUCGCUCCACCUCAUUUUAAUAUUAAUUAUAACAAUUCACCUAUAUCUUCCUCUUCUUGCACGAACAAUAAUACAAAUCUAUCAUCUUCCACUUGUUCCAAUUUAUCCACUUCUUUAUCUCCAUAUUCCACUCCAUAUCAUCCUAAUAUUAAUUAUAACAAUUCACCUAAUCUAUCUUCCUCUUCUUGGACGAAAGAUUCAUCUUCUUCUUGCAUUCCUAAUUCUUCCUAUCCACAAAAUAACAAGUUAACUCAAGCCACCCAAUCAAAUAGUACUACUAAAAAUGCAACUCAACCAUCACAAGUAGUUGUCCCGGAAUAUGUUUUUGAUCCUUAUCACGCGGAUGAUGGUGGUAUUUCUUAUGAUAACAUCAUGCAAAAAGCCGCCGAUUUUCAAGAAGUUCAAAAAGGAACGAAAUCUAAUAACUGGGACUGGAUGAGUUUGAAUGCUAAUGUUGAGAAAAUAAAUAAAGAAAUGGAACAGUCACAAAUAAAUCAGCAGCAACAGUACAAACAAAUCGAUUAUACCAGCGACAGAUACACCGACAUCAAAGGCAGCAACAACGAAUACAAUCAUAUCAACAACAGUUACAUCAACGUCCGACAACAACCAAACCCAAAUCAAACUUGA